AUAUCCACAGACACCACACUUCUUCUCUUGUAUUCCAUAAAAGCUUGGUCCCUUUCUACAUGUUUUGGCCAAACAGUUUGGCCAUUCAUUGUCAUUAAUGAGACCUCAAUUUCUACCAACUUCUGUCUUUGUGUAUUUCUUUCCCAAAAACUUUCAACUUGACAGCAAAAACCAUUCUUUUGAAGUUUGGGAGUGGGGAGAAGAAAACUGAAAAUGGACAGAAAUCAAGAAAUUGCAUUGGCUAAAAUGAGGAAAUCAGUUGAAAAGCUUGGAUCUUCCACUGAAAGUUAUGGAGAGAAGACAUUGAUGAGGUUCUUGAUUGCAAGAUCAAUGAACCCAGAGAAAGCUGCUAAAAUGUUUUGUCAGUGGAAAAAAUGGAGGGCUGAAAUGGUUCCACUUGGGUACAUACCUGAUUCUGAAGUUGCAGAUGAAUCAGCAGCUGAAAAAGUUUAUUUACAAGGAUUGUCCAAGAAUGGAUAUCCUGUUGCUAUAAUCAAACUUAACAAGCAUUUUGCUUCCAAGGAUCAAGUUCAAUUCAAGAAAUUUGUGGUUCAUGCACUAGACAAAACAAUUGCAAGUUCAUUCAAUGGUAGUGAAAUAGGAAAUGAGAAACUUAUUGGAAUUCUUGAUCUCCAGAAUAUUACCUAUAGCAAUGUUGAUACUCGUGGAUUGAUCACUGGUUUUCAGUUUUUACAGGCAUACUACCCUGAGCGCUUAGCUACUUGUUACAUUUUACACAUGCCAAAAUUCUUUGUCACUGUAUGGCAAUUUAUAUGUCGCUUCAUUGAUAAAGCAACUCAACAGAAGAUGAGGAUUAUCAUGAGUGAAGAACAGAAGCAAGAGUUCAUCCGUGAGGUCGGUGAAGAUGUCGUACCGACAGAGUAUGGAGGGCGUGCUGAACUUGUACUUUUGCAGGAUGUUGUUGUGAACUACUAACACAAAGUAGAGGAAUAAUAGAAAUGUGAAAUAAAAUGAAAAAGAAGAGCUAUAUAGACAUACUACUAUUUAUGUUACUAAUACUAAAUGGGUCAUUUGGUCUGUGGCCCAUGCGGGCUCAACAUAGGGGGACUACUUAAUUAUAUAAACAUAAUAACACAAGUCUACUAGUUUAGGGUUCAUUACUUGCCUUUUUUGUGAGUUUUUGAUAUUACAAUUUAAGUCAUAUUUUUGGUACAGAGUUAUAUUUAUUGUGUCUUGAUAUAUGUA